CGACUGAAUGUUGGUUACUUGUUCGGAAUUCUUCGAAAAAACGCCCAUCAAUCGACCUUUCUACCCGAGGUUAUGUCUGCUUGUUGUGAUUCUUCUUACGGUCACGUUUUCCAACUACUUUCUACAAAAUGGCCGAAGAACAUAAACUACAAUGUAUAAAUAAAAUUAAAUCGAAAAAAAGUAAUGUUCAGUACAACGUUAUAAAAACAUUAUUGUCAAAUGGUAAUUAUAUAUUAAGGAAACGGCAACCUAAAUUAAUUAGACAAGUUAACAGGGAUAUAUACGUGACAAAUAAAACAGAUUUUAAGGCACAAAUAAGCAAGUGUGAAAAACUGCUUAAUAUUGGUGUGUCUGAAAUAAUAAUUCAUGGACUUGGUGCUGCUAUAGAUAGAGCAUGUAAUUUGGCACUUCAAUUGAAAGAAAUUCAUCAUAAUAGCUUAGACUUGGACAUUAAAACUUCUACUGCAGAACUUAUUGAUGACUUUGAACCACUUAAUGAUGAUUAUGAUUAUAAAGUGAAAAUGAGACGUAAUUCUGCCAUACAUAUUCGUGUUUUCAGAAAAGAACCAAUGGGAAUAUUGCAGUGUAAAGCAAAAUGAAUUACAAUUUAGCAGAACAAACAAUAUUUGUACAGUUAUUUAGAAUACAUUAAGCAGAAUUUCCAGAUCA